AGAUAAAAACAAUAGAGAAAAGUAAAAUACUGAUAGGGAAGGUUAGAAGAGAGAAAUGUGUCGAGCUUUCAACUCUCCCUAAACAUGGUGGAUUUGAUUUGAGUUUUUUCUGAAGUUGUUUACGUUCUCUUUUCUACACAUUCUUUUGAUUCACUAAAAGUCUAUAUACCCUUUUUGUCUUUUCAUUUUUUAGCUUCAGAAAUCCAUCUGGGUCAUUUCCACACACACACAUGUAUGUGUGUGUUAUUUUCGAGAACUUGUUGAGAUACUGAAGAAAGGAGAUUUGAUUUCCAGGGAGCAUAUAUAGGAUAGAAUUAUCAGAAUUGGACUAUUCUGAGUGAUGGGUAAUUGUUGUGUGGUGCCUGUAAGUUCCUCACAGAAGGAGCAGAAAAAAAGGAACAAGCCAAACCCUUUUUCGAUUGAUUAUGGUGCUGUUGGUGGAUCUGGGAGUGGAAGUAGGCUGCGUGUGUUAAAAGAACCGACAGGUCAAGAUAUUUUGCAGAAAUAUGAGCUUGGUCGUGAGCUUGGUAGAGGUGAAUUUGGUACGACGUAUUUGUGUACUGAUCUGGAAUCCGGUGAAAAAUUUGCGUGUAAAUCUAUAUCGAAGAAGAAGCUUCGGACUUCUGUAGAUAUUGAUGAUGUGAGAAGAGAGGUUGAGAUUAUGAAGCAUAUGCCUAAGCAUCCUAAUAUUGUGAGUUUGAAGGACACAUACGAGGAUGAAAACGCCGUCCACAUUGUGAUGGAAUUGUGUGAAGGGGGUGAGCUGUUUGAUCGGAUUGUCGCAAGAGGACAUUACACUGAACGAGCGGCUGCAGGAGUAAUGCGGACAAUUAUGGAAGUUGUGCAGAAUUGUCACAGGAAUGGAGUGAUGCAUCGAGAUUUGAAACCUGAAAAUUUCCUAUUCGCAAACAAGAAGGAAACAGCUGCCCUGAAGGCUAUUGAUUUUGGGCUGUCAGUUUUCUUUAAACCUGGUGAGCGCUUUGAUGAGAUAGUAGGAAGUCCUUAUUACAUGGCCCCGGAGGUUCUAAGACGAAACUAUGGUCCAGAGGUUGAUGUAUGGAGUGCCGGUGUUAUCCUUUACAUUCUGCUUUGUGGUGUUCCACCUUUUUGGGCAGAAACUGAACAAGGAGUAGCACAAGCAAUUAUCCGUUCUGUUGUCGAAUUUAAAAGAGAUCCAUGGCCAAAAGUAUCUGACAAUGCGAAGGAUCUCGUAAAGAAAAUGCUUGAUCCUGAUCCAAAGAAGAGGCUUACAGCUCAAGGAGUACUCGAUCACCCCUGGAUACAAAAUGCAAAGAAGGCCCCAAAUGUCUCUCUAGGCGAGGUUGUAAAGUCACGGCUUAAACAAUUUUCUGUGAUGAACAAGCUCAAGAAAAGAGCCUUGAGGGUGGUGGCUGAGCAUUUAUCAGGGGAGGAAGUGGCAGGAAUCAAGGAAGCAUUUGAUAUGAUGGACACAGAAAAGAGAAGUAAGAUAAAUCUUGAAGAGCUUAGAGUUGGUUUGCAAAAGCUUGGCCAUCAUGUACCUGAAGCUGACCUUCAGAUUCUAAUGGAAGCGGCUGAUGUUGAUGGGGAUGGAACUUUGAAUUACGGGGAGUUUGUUGCUGUUUCCGUUCAUCUUAGAAAGAUGGCCAAUGACGAGCAUCUACAUAAAGCUUUCUCAUUUUUUGAUCAAAACAAAAGUGGAUAUAUAGAAAUCGAUGAGCUACGACAUGCCCUAAACGAUGAAGAUGAAGCCAACAGUGAGGAGGUUAUUACUGCGAUUAUGCAUGAUGUUGACACCGAUAAGGAUGGGCGCAUAAGUUAUGAAGAAUUUGCUACCAUGAUGAAGGCCGGUACAGAUUGGAGAAAGGCAUCCAGGCAAUAUUCUCGUGAAAGAUACAAUACCAUCAGCUUAAAGUUGAUGAAGGAUGCCUCGUUUCAGGCAUGAAGGUGAAUUUAACAUUUUAAUUUUGAAGCGGAAAAAUUUGAAGAUAGCAGAGGUGGCAAAAAAUGGCGAAAUUAUGACGCUACUUUUUUUUUUUUAUGGUAUACAAAAUCAUUAUAUUUUUUUAUUAGACAUGUUUAUUUCUCCCCUAUGACUAGACCUUGGGGAUGGUAUCACGGAAUCUUAUUUGAUUGUCUGAUAGCUGCUACGUGUAGGUAGUUUUGUUUCUCGUUCUGUAGCUGUAGAGGGGAAGAUGGGGAUUAAGAGGAUGUUGAAAGGGAGUUGUGUGCUUUGUAUAUAAAAGGCCAUUCAGGCGUUCACAAGUAAAUGUCAAUGAAGAUACUGGUUCGUGCAA